AUGACAACCAGUCACCAGCCUCAGGACAGGUACAAAGCCGUCUGGCUUGUCUUCUUCAUGCUGGGCCUGGGGACCCUGCUCCCCUGGAAUUUCUUCAUGACAGCCACUCUGUAUUUCACAAACCGCCUGGGCCAGGCCCAGAACGCGUCCUUGGCCGCUGCCGACCUGAGCAGGGACAGCCAGGUGCCAGCCACGCCUGCAGUACCCUCUCCAGAUCGGAGUUACCUGAGUUCCAUCUUCAACAACGUCAUGACCUUGUGUGCCAUGCUCCCCCUGCUGAUCUUCACCUGCCUCAACUCCUUCCUGCAUCAGCGGAUCCCCCAGUCCGUGCGGAUCCUGGGCAGCCUGGUGGCCAUCCUGCUGGUGUUCCUGGUCACGGCCAUCCUGGUGAGGGUGCACCUGGACGCCCUGCCCUUCUUCAUCAUCACCAUGGUCAAGAUCACGCUCAUUAAUUCAUUCGGUGCCAUCCUGCAGGGCAGCCUGUUUGGUCUGGCCGGCCUCCUGCCCGCCCACUACACGGCCCCCAUCAUGAGUGGCCAAGGCCUGGCAGGCAUCUUCGCCUCCGUGGCCAUGAUCUGCGCCAUCGCCAGUGGCUCAGAGCUGUCAGAAAGUGCCUUCGGCUAUUUCAUCACAGCCUGUGGGGUCAUCAUUUUGACCAUCAUUUGUUACCUGGGACUGCCCCGGCUGGAAUUCUACCGCUACUACCAGCAGCUCAAGCUCGAAGGGCCUGGGGAGCAGGAGACCAAGCUGGACCUCAUUAGUAAAGGAGAGGCGUCAAGAGCAGGCAAAGAGGAGUUUGGAGUUUCAGCCCCCAAAUCUCAGCCCAACAACAAAAGCUCAGUCCGGGCCAUCCUCAGAAAUAUUUUGGUCCCAGCUCUCUCCGUCUGCUUCAUCUUCACCGUCACCAUCGGGCUGUUUCCCGCUGUUACCUCUGAUGUCAAGUCCAGCAUUGCAGGCGAUAGCGCCUGGGGACACUACUUCAUCCCUGUGUCCUGCUUCCUGACUUUCAAUGUCUUCGACUGGCUGGGCCGGAGCCUCACAACCAUAACCAUGUGGCCUGGGAAGGACAGCCGCUGGCUGCCGAGCCUGGUGCUGGCCCGGCUGGUGUUCGUGCCGCUGCUGCUGCUGUGCGAUGUCCAGCCUCGCCAGUACCUGACCGUGAUCUUCGAGCAUGACGCGUGGUUCAUCUUCUUCAUGGCCGCCUUCGCCUUCUCCAACGGCUACCUCGCCAGCCUCUGCAUGUGCUUCGGGCCCAAGAAAGUGGAGCCGGCUGAGGCGGAGACAGCGGGGGCCAUCAUGGCCUUCUUCCUGUCUCUGGGUCUGGCGCUCGGGGCUGUGUUCGCCUUCCUGUUCCGGGCCAUUGUGUGA